AUUCCAGCUUGGCAAGUAUUUUCAUUAAAUACAAUAAUAAUUUAGAUACAGUCCUCUCACUCUACAAAACAUUUUUGGUCCUCACGAACCUAAUUAUCAUUGAAUCAGUGAAUUUAUUGAAUUUGAAACUUGCUUUUUCCAUUUAUUAUUUGUAUUUAGAUGUUGGAAUCUCUAUUUCAAUACACGAGUUUUUUGUAAUUGUCGGUACACGCUCAAAACAGGUUCAGGCUCAAGGUCGAAUUGAAUGACCUCAUUAUCUUCUUAUCUCUGUCGAGCGUUCGACUUUAUCGAUCGAUUAUCAGCGAAUAUUAUUGUAGUUAUUGUUUUAUAGCUUUGUACUUGAAUGAGUCUGCUUUUCACUCGACUGAUUGGAGGCAAAGAAACAUCGAUUUGGAUGUUCUUUUAUUGUUCCUAUUUUGCCUUUCGUUUUUUGUUGUUGUGUAUUUUUGUCAUUUUGUAUAGUAUUUGUUUUUUAUGUCAUUUCGUUGGUUAAUAUGACAGACAAGGUAGAAAAGACUUUGAAAGUCUUGCAAGCAAGAAAACAACAUUUAUUCUUACAAAUUCAGCGUUUGUAUGACUUGUCAAAAGGCAUUGAGGAUAAAAAGGUUGCCGAUCAAGAGUUGAAAAUUGAGUUGAAAGAGGAUUAUGUUCCUGAAUUCACAGAUGCUCAUCUCGAUUUAGUGGCUUUCAUUAAACAGGCAUUGAAAAAAUUAAAUCAAUCAGCUGAAACUGAAGUUGUAUUAAAUCCCACAGUUUCAGCAGUUACUCAAUCGAAUCCUGAUCUUAAUUUGCCGCAUAUAGAAUUGCCGACUUUCGACGGGAACCAAUUGAAAUGGGCCAGUUUCUAUGAGUUGUUCAAGGUUUUAGUCCAUGAUAACGAAUCUUUGACCAAUCAACAGCGGAUACAGUAUUUAUUCUCACGAUUAAGUGGUGAAGCGGCUAAUCUUAUUCAGCAUGUAUCGCCCAUUGGGGCCAAUUACCAAAAUAUAUGGAUGUCAUUGGUUACUCGUUAUCAGGACACGAGAUCUCAGACCGAAGCCUAUUUGAAACAGAUUUUUGAAUUCGAGGCUCUUAAAGUCGAAAGUAGGUGUGGUCUGACUGCAAUUCUUGAUCAAUUUUGUGUGCCAAUCUCGGCUUUGAAACGUUUGCGGGGAGUCAAUCUUACAGAUAUUAUUUUCUUGUAUCACGCAUUGAAGCUGUUAGAUCCUGUAACUAGGCAUGCAUUUGAGGCGGCAGUAAUAGAUAAAGAUGUUCCAUCUUAUGAGGACUUGGUCUCUUUUAUACAAAAACAGGUUAAAUCUUUGCCAUUUGAUGAUAAUAAAUUGUUGAAUUUGUCAAGUAAUUCCGUUGUAAAAAAGACUCAGUCUACUUCCAAAAAUUUCAAAACUCACUCUCAUUCGAGUUCAAAGGUGUUUGUUACUCAUUCACCCAGCCAUGAAUUGUCAACUGAUCUCAAUAAAGCUGAGAGAGGUGUGAGCUGUCUGCGUUGUUCAAAAAAGGGUCAUAAAUUUGUUGAUUGCAUUUUAUUCCUGAAACAGACUCCUAGAGAAAGAUACGCUUUUGUGAAGGAAAUUUCGUAUUGCUUUCGUUGUCUGGAGGAUACUCAUUCGAGUAGAGCUUGUAAGAGUAAUAAAACGUGUUCUUUAUGCAACCAGAUGCACCACACAUUGUUACAUUUCGGGUUGAAUGAGUCUAAAAGUUGUGUAGAGUCUGCGAGUGUUGAGAAAAAUCUUUCUGUCACCUGUUAUUCUGCUACUAAUGGUAGUAAUAGCAUUGUCGUUUUGUCUACUGCUAGGGUGUUAGUGAAAAGUUCAUCUGGUGGAUUACAUGAACUUCGUGUUUUGUUGGAUAGCGGUUCUCAAUCGCAUUUUAUUACAUCCAGUGCUUGUAAAAAAUUGAAUCUUCCAAUUAGUAAAUUGAAUACUGUUGUUCACGGUUUUGGAGGAAAGGAGACGGUUGUACGUGGACGUACAUGCUUCUCGUUUCAAUCUAGAAUUGAUUCAGGUAUUUGUUUCUCCGUCGAGUCUUUCGUGGUAGAGAGUAUUGUUGAACGGUUGCCCUCUUGUGAAAUAGAUAGGUCUAAAUUGUCUCAUUUGAGUGGAUUACAAUUGGCUGAUGAACAAUUCUAUUCACCGAAUACAAUUGAUAUGAUUAUUGGUGCUGAAUUGUUACCUCAUUUGCUGAAGUCUGAUCGUGUGGUGGGAAAGGUGAAUGAGAUUACAGCUAUAGACAGUCUUUUGGGUUAUAUCCUCAUGGGAAGAGCUCCGGUUUUGUCGUCGUCGUGUGAUACGAGCAGUCAGGUUGUGUGCAAUCUUUCAUUGGAUAAAAUGGUUCAAAAAUUUUGGGAAUUGGAAGAGUGCCAUGCCUCAACACGGCCGCUAAAGCCUGAAGAAGUCGAUUGUGAGAAUAACUACGUUUCAUCUGUUUGUCGUACUGAAUCGGGGAGGUUUAUCGUUUCAUUGUCAUGGUUGAAACCCCCUGAUAAUUUGGGUGACUCGUAUAAUUCUGCCAAACGACGUUUUUUGAAUUUGGAAAGACGUUUGGAGUUGGAUUCUACAUCAUGUGUUGCCUAUCACGAAAUAUUGAAAGACUAUUUGAAACAGGGACACAUGUCAUUGAUAACCGAUCAGUCUGAUAAGAGUGGUUAUCACAUCCCACAUCAUGCAAUUGUUAAAGCAAGCAGCUCCACAACGCCAAUUCGUAUUGUGUUUGAUGCUAGUGCUAAGACCACCACAUCGUUAUCGUUAAAUGAAAUAUUGCAUGUUGGAUCGAAAUUGCAAACGGAUAUUUUUGUUGUGUUACUCAAUUUUCGAUUAUCUCAAAUAGCGUUGAUAGCUGACAUAUGUCAGAUGUAUUGUCAAAUCGUGAUGGAAGAAUCAUGUCGAAGAUACCAGCGUAUUCUAUGGAGAUUUUCUAUCAAGGAUCCAAUUGAAAUUUAUGAGUUGAAUUGUGUCGUGUUUGGAGUGUCUUCAUCGCCGUAUUUGGCCUUACGUACAGUACACCGCUUGGUAGAAGAAGAAGGUGAUAAUUUCCCUGCUGCAUCCACACGCAUACCGAGUGAUAUGUUUGUCGACGAUCUUGUCACUUCAGCCCCUUCUUUAUCAGACGCUAACGAAAUUUAUAGUCAGACCAAGGAGCUAUUCAAACGAGGUGGCUUCGAAUUAACAAAGUGGGCAUCCAAUUCGGCUGAGUUGAUGGAAUAUAUGCACGAGAAUGACACAUCAAUUGUAUCUAAAAAUUUUGAUUUUGAAAAUUCGUUAUCAAUUCUAGGUUUGAGGUGGCAACCAGUUGUCGAUUCGUUUCACUUUGUUGUCAAACAUACUGGAGAGAUAGCGACCAAACGUAAGAUACUCUCAGCAGUUGCUCGAAUUUACGAUCCAAUGGGGUUUCUUGCUCCUCUCACGUUACUAUUGAAGUGUCUGAUCAAACAAUUGUGGCAAUGCGGAGUUGGUUGGGAUCAGACACCACCGUUAUCAGUCACAAAACGCUGGGAAGUAUGUCAAAAUGAGUUUAAUUUAUUAUCAACUAUCUCUAUUCCUCGUCAUCUCGGAGUGUAUUUGAAUACAAGAAUUAGUUUAAUUGGAUUUUGUGACGAACAAGCACUUGGAGCUGUCAUUUAUCUUAAGAGUCAAUGUGAUGAUGGAUCGCCACCAACUAUCACUUUGCUGUGUGGAAAAUCCAAAGUCGCUCCAAAUAAAUCAGUUUCCAUUCCACGACUGGAAUUAUGUGCUGCGCUAUUAUUGGUGGAGUUGUUUCAUACUACCUAUAACAUCAUUAGUGAAAGGUGUCGUGUGUCUCGUGUGAUAGCCUUAUCAGACUCAAUGGUGGCUCUCUAUUGGAUUCAGGCCCCACCGUCACGCUGGACCACUUUUGUUUCGAAUCGUGUAUCGAAAAUUCAAGAUUGUAAUGUGCAACAGUGGAAGCACGUUAGUGGCUCAGAGAAUCCGUCAGAUUGUUUGUCACGUGGUUUAACACCAGCCGAGCUUGUGAGUCAUAAAUUGUGGUGGAACGGCCCUACUUGGUUGGAAAAAGAGGAAAAUAGUUGGCCAGUGAAAGUGGACUUUGUCGAAGUUGAAAAUCCACCGGAAGCUAAAACUAAUGUUCUCACAACCCUUCACACAGAUGUGACUUGUGAUAAUGUGAUAUAUUCAUUGAUUCAACGCUGUUCAAGCUACCAACAUUUGUUACGUGUAGUAAUUGUGAUUUUGAAAUUUGUUUGUGUAUUACCUAAACAGGGUGAGUCUGAUUUGAAUGUAGCUGAAAUGUAUCUAUGUAGACUAGUACAGAAAAUCCAUUUUACUAAUGAAUUGUCUCAAUUGAAAACAGGAAAGUGUUGUUCAAUUCGUAUGCAGCGUUUGUCUCCAUUCCUAGAGAAUGAAGUAAUUUGCGUCGGCGGUCGAUUGUCAACAGCUAAUCUUGGUUUUAAUAAUUGUCAUCCAAUCAUCUUGCCGAAAAAGGACAAUUUUGUCACGUUAUUGGUGAAUAAUUUUCAUGUGAAGAAUUGUCAUGCUGGGCCCCAUCUGCUGUUAUCCUUAAUCAGGCAAAAGUUUUGGAUUCUGUCUGGUCAUCUUGUUGUUCGUAAAUGUGUUUAUCUUUGUAAUAAAUGUUUUCGGUGUAAACCAAAGAUUUCACCCCCUAAAAUGGGUAAUUUACCGGCUAGUAGAGUAACGCAAUUGAAACCUUUUGAGCAUUGUGGAGUUGACUACGCUGGACCAAUAUGAGUUACUAUGGCUAAAUGACGUAAUCCCGUCAUUUUGAAGGCCUAUAUAUGUCUGUUCGUAUGCAUGUCUACAAAAGCAGUACAUAUUGAACUCGUCUCUGAUUUGUCUACUCCAGCAUUCUUGGCUGCUUUUCAACGUUUUCUGUCUCGACGUGGGCCUUGUAGAGUAAUCUACUCAGAUUGUGGAACCAAUUUUGUUGGCGCUCAAGAGCAAUUAGUUCAGCUUUCAAAAUUUGUCAACUCUUCUAUGUUCCAAACCAGUCUUAUAGGUGAUUUGUCCGAUUAUAGAAUCGACUGGAAAUUUAUUCCGCCAGGAGCGCCCCAUUUUGGUGGCAUCUGGGAAGUGAACAUAAAGGCAACAAAAUCACAUCUAUUUCGUGUGAUUGGUACUCAAUUGUUAACGUACGAAGAGAUGAAUACCGUUUUAGUUCAGCUCGAAGCUGUACUGAACUCGAGACCACUGUGCUCUAUGAGUGAAGAUCCCAGUGAACCACUUGCAUUAACACCAGCACAUUUUCUCAAACUUACCCCAUUGAAAGCUUUUCCAAUGGAAGAUGUUGUUGAUUCUCCUGUCAAUCGUCUUACUCGCUUUCAGCUGGUGAAUCAACUAGUGCAAUCCUUUUGGUGCAGGUGGCGAGUAGAAUAUCUUCAUGAGCUUCAGGAACGAGGAAAAUGGUGGAAAUCGUCUACUCCACUUAAAUUAGGCACUGUUGUAAUUGUGGAUCAGCCGAACCUCCCUCCACUGCAGUGGCCACUAGGUAUUGUGGAACAAGUUUUUCCAGGGACGGACGGCCAAGUGAGAGUGGCUCUGGUGCGUUUGAAGAAUGGGUGUCUUAAACGACCAGUCACUAAACUUUUCCCACUACCCACUCAAUAGUGGAGGGUGUAGUCGUAAAUCUUGGUUUUUUUGUGUUCUUGGUUGUGGUUGCAUGUUUGGAUUUUGUAUUAUAUAAUCGUCAUUUUUGUCUUUGCCCUAGCUGAAAAAUAUCUUUUCAGGUGGGGGAGAAUGUUGUGGCCAUUCUUGAAUUGUAGCGCUGUUCCGUGCAGUGCUGCCUCCUGGCGGUGGAUUAUCGAAAACUGUCGUCAGCCUAGGUUUUUUCUUCUCAGUCGGAAAAGAAAAGCAGACUGAGUCAGGAGUGUACAAGGCGAGAACGUUCCGGCUCACUUUAUUUGUUAUUUGUUAUUUGUCUGGCCGGACAUUAUAUGUCAAUAAUUGAUUGAAGUGUUUAAUGAAUGUCAUGAAUAUUUGGGAGAAGCAAGGAACAGUGAAAUUAAUAUUGCCAAGCAGCUUGUAAUCAUCGCCAGGCCACAGUAUCAGAGUAUCAGAAAGGUAUUUCCUUUCCCAAAGGUAUUUAGCCUUCUCAUUUCUAUAUUCCAUCCUGUUUUUCGAUUCCAAUACCUUAUAAUUGAUAUAAUCUGGCACAUAUGAAAAUUACGACUGGCUAUCUAUGUGUACUUCCCUCAUUGUUCUUCUUAACAAUGGAGGCCUUCACCAGGGAUACCGUUGCACAUUGGACUAUUUUUUCCUACUGUUGCUCAUUGACUGUCACACAUUGGACGUGACCUUUACGAUAACUUUAUGGAAAAUUUGAAAAAUGUCUCUUUCAGAGCGGUUUCCUAAAAAAAUUCAAAUUGUAACAACAUUGAUACUUAUUUAACUAGGUGAUUUAAGAGGUUUUAUUGAAAAAAGCUGUAAUCAAGGUCUUAAGCUGAAUAAAAACACCGAAUUGAACGUCAAGCACUUAUUGUGAUGCAAUAUAUACGUUUAACAUAGGGACUUCAGACGUUUAACAUAUCAGUGCUUCAAAGUGCUAGACGUUCAAUCAGGCCUCAGUCAGAACUCUUCACCCUAAUAUCUCUCUUAAUUAUGAUGUAUCCUCAAUUGGACAAUAAACGUGAGACUAAUUUGGACAAUAGGACAAUCUAAUUGAACAAUAGAGACUUAAAUGUGUAGAAACAUUAAAGUUAUGUUGAAAUCAC